UAUUUUUUCAUUAAAAGCCAAUUGAAUGGACAAUGUCAUUCAAGAAUGUUAAAAAAAAAUAAGAAGUAAAAAAGUGGCGGGAAAUAGAAUGUAUCAAGUAGAUUAGCGGACAUGAAGCUGUUCCUAGAUUAUCUCAAUUAUGAAUACAAGGUCAUCAAGUCAAGAGCGUAUCAACUAUCAACUGUUUAUGUUUAACAGUAUCUUUGUCAUAAUGUUAUAUUACUCUAAUCAGUAGAUAUGUCUGAAUCAAUUUACUUUAUUGGAGUUGACGUUGGAUCCACUAGUGCCCGCGCUGCAUUAGUGGAUUGCUAUGGCCAGGUUAUUAAAAGUUCUGCAAGGAAUCUUCAGAUAUGGAGACCCCAAGCAGACUUCUAUGAACAAUCAUCUACUGAUAUUUGGGAGUCUUGUGUGAAUGUCAUAAAGGAUGUAAUAAUUGGUAUAAACCCAAAGGAAGUUAAAGGUAUUGGUUUUGAUGCAACUUGCUCUCUAGUUGCACUAGAUAAUAAUGGUAACCCCUUAAGUGUUAGCCAGUCCAAGAUUAAUCAGCAAAAUAUAAUUAUGUGGAUGGAUCAUCGGGCUCAGGAUGAAGCAGACUUCAUAAACAAAACUGGUCAUGAAAUACUGAAAUUUGUUGGUGGAAAAGUUAGCUUAGAAAUGGAAAUUCCAAAGUUAAUGUGGCUAAAGAAACACCUGCCUUCACUGUGGACAAAAUAUGGACAUUUUUUUGAUCUCCCUGAUUUUCUCACAUGGAAAGCCACUGGAUAUGAGUCUCGCUCUAUGUGCUCAUUAGUUUGCAAAUGGAAUUAUGAAUGUUUGUCUAGUGGUAGCCAUGGUUGGAACUUGAAUUUUCUCAAUCAAAUAGGAUUAGAUGAUUUAGCAGAAAAUAACUUCUGUAAGAUUGGUAAUAAAGUUUUAAUGCCUGGAGAAUUCUGUGGUGGGUUGCUUCCUAACAUUGCUGAUUUGUUGGGUUUGCUGCCAAAUACUCCAGUGGCCACAUCAAUUAUUGAUGCCCAUGCUGGUGGCCUUGGUAUGAUUGGUACUAUGGGAGGUGAAAUUGAGCAGGAUAUGUCAAGUCGUCUUAGCCUCAUAUGUGGUACAUCAACUUGUCAUAUGGCUGUAAAUAACAAACCCAUUGAAGUGAAAGGUGUAUGGGGUCCAUAUUUCAGUGCUAUGGUGCCAAAUUUGUGGCUUAAUGAAGCAGGGCAAAGCGCAUCUGGAAUGUUACUUGAUCACAUACUAUCAAGUCAUCCAGCUGGGUCAAAGCUAUUACAGAAACUUGAAACUGGCAACUUAAGGAUGCAUUUACGAAAAUUACUUCAAGGGAUGGCUAAGUCCAGAAGAUUAAGUGAUGUAAACUUUUUAACAAAAGAUCUUCAUGUGUGGCCUGAUUUUCAUGGGAAUCGUUCACCAAUAGCAGAUCCCAGUCUUACUGGUAUGAUAGUUGGACUAAAAAUUGAUAAAAGUGAGGAAAAUUUAGCACUACUAUAUUUGGCAACAUUACAAGCUCUAGCUUAUGGCACGAGACAUAUAAUUGAAGCCUUAGUACAGGCGGGAUAUAGACCAUUCAAAUCUAUGCUUAUUUGUGGUGGUUUAGCUAAAGAUCCACUCUUCAUACAAAUACAAGCUGACUCAGUUGGAAUACCAAUACUGAAACCACAUGAAAAAGAAUCCGUUUUAGUUGGAUCGGCUAUACUAGGUGCAUGCGCAUCUCAGUAUUUUAACAGUGUCCAAUCGGCCAUUGAGAACAUGGGAGGAAAGGCGGAUGCUAUUCAGCCAAAUAAGAAUAUAAAAUCAUUUCAUGAUAAAAAAUUUAAUGUUUUCCUUAAAAUGUUCCAUGAUCAGAUGCAGUACAGAAAUAUGAUGUGUUAAUUAUUAUAAACUCUAAUUAAAAUUCAAUAUUUUUACGGACACUUUUAAGACCUGUGACAUCUGGAACCGUGCUUUCCAAUAACAGGACGGCUUGGUAAGGAUAUAUAAAAGAUAAUCCCAAUUCCAAAUAUGCUGAGUGGUGAGUGUCGUUUUCGUGACAUUACAUUGUUAUUUAAUUUUGUUAAUUUUAUUAUGAUAUUAUGUAAUAUGUUGUGUGUGAUGAAUAAAUACUUUAUUUCUUGUUAGCGAAUGUUAUUA